ACCAGAGGGCGACAUUUAUAUCCAAGAUGUCGGAUUCCUGGGUGAAUUUUCUUGCGACGUUCGUUGCAUUUCUGACGUAUUUAUUGUUCUGUUUCACUGAAAUUCUGGCAGAUAGUCGCCAAAUAAUUGUUCCUGAAGAGACGAAGUGUUGGGAUGAAUCAUGUGGAGUAACUUACGAUCCUAGGACACCACUGAUACGGUGUGAAUUUGUGCCAUCAGAAUAUGUAGAGUGUGCGACACCAAUUGAUUUGACAGCAACCAAUGGGAACACUACAUUAGAACCGCACUUUGGAUGUACACAAUAUGGCAAGCAGCGCUAUGGUGAAGUAGAAACAACGUCAGUUCAUUGUACGGUUCUACCUGGCAUUGAAUGCUAUGGUAACAGAACCUUUGUUAAAGACAACGUGCCUUGCAUCAAAUACAGCGGUCACUAUUUUGUGACUACGCUCCUGUUUUCUGUUCUGCUUGGGUUCUUUGGAAUAGACCGGUUCUGUCUUGGUUACGUGGGUAUGGGCGUUGGUAAGGUACUGACGCUUGGCGGCUUUGGUGUGUGGUGGAUUGUGGAUAUCGUCUUGCUGUGCACUGGUAACCUUAUGCCAAGUGAUGGGAGUAACUGGUGCCCUAACUAUUGAGAAGUGACAUAGCUGGUGUCCACUUUAGAGGGAGGGGGCACUUUUGGGGGUCUCAUUUUCUCAAGGGGUACACAAAACCUUAUUUUGCCUUCUCCAAAUCUUUAUAGGGGGCACAAGAGGUGAGGGCCAGGUCUUGAGCAGGGGCCAUGUGCCCCCCCCCCCCCCCCCCCCAUGCGCCAACUUAACUAUACCACUGCUAUUGAGUAGUAGGUACCAGGAUUGACAUUUAUUCCUCUUAAAAAAUGUUUUUCCAAUGUUCCUUAUUCAAAAACGAAAUAGAUUGUUUUCUUAAAGCUCUAGUUACUUGUAUACAAAGUGAUUCUGAACAUUGGAAAAUUAACCAGCUUGAGUGAGAUAAAAGUAACAUUUUUGUGGGUGAGAUGUUAUUUAUUUGUACUGAAAAACUUAAAAUACUUUGUUUAACUUUUUUUCUAAGUCAGUGAUAUUGAUGAAGCAUGAUUUUCAACAUUAUUUGUAAAUUACAGUGUACAUAAUUAAGUAAGAUAUGUAAAAAGUUUAAAUUUAUCAACUUUGUACAAAAUAAACUGUUGUAAAUAUUUGACACAAAACAUUGAAGUUGCUAACCAUCUGUGGCAUAAAGUGCGCCCUCUAGCUAGCUCUACCAAUCCGGCCUUUUAAAAUAGCGCCCUCUAUGCAAUGGCUACCAUGACUAAGACCGGAGGUAUUUUUUUACGGUGACUGAACAAAUAAGUGUUUGUUAGCGUCCACGAUAGCGAAGGUCGAGUGAAUUAGUUGGCGACCAUCCGAUUGGUCAACAAAAGCCCCUCGGUUUAUUUUUUUUGCGGGGGAGGUGGAAA